AUGGCCAGCAACAUGAACCCGAGAAUCAUCGUGCGGCAGGCCACGAUCCUGGUGGACGGCAAAAGCAGCAGCGAAACCCACAGCCGCCAUCGCAUCGCCAGACACCAAAAUGGACCGUCCCUGCACCAGCUCCCGGAGGCAUGGGACACCCUCAUAGCAGACAUGACGGGGAUGCACUCCGUCGCCGCCCUGCGCAGGUCCCUCGCCGCGCACGGCCGCGGCCACGGCGCCGUCUGCCUGCUCGUCGCCAUCACCCUCAACCACGUGCGCCGGGUGCUCGCCCCCUCGGCCACCCAGUUCUUCUGGCCCCACGCCCUCGCGGACAUGAAGCUCGCCCGCUCCUCGCCGCACCGCCUCCUCGAGCAGUCCGUCUCCUUCGACUGGGCCCCGCUGGCCGCCUGGGCCGCCGCCGCCUACUUCCUCGCCACGCUGCCCGCGCUGCUGGGCCAGCUCGUCACCGCCCACUGCGGGAGGCGCGGGGAGGAGAAUAGUAGUAGCAGGGCUACGGCCGCCGCCUGCAUCGUCGCCUACGUCGCCGCCAGCCUCGCAUGGGCCGAGCACGCCUACGUCCAGUCGUGCUGGACGCUGGCGCAGCUCUACGCCUGCUGGAGGCUCGUCUCUCGCGGGGGGGAAGCCGAGCGGGCGUUCUUGCAGAGGCUGCUGGAGGAGCAGUCCGCGCGGGCGACGGCCGUGCUGGGGCUCGUUGCGCUGGGCCUGCACUUUCGCGUGCUGCCCGUGGCGCAGCAGGCGAUGAAGGGCCACUGGCCGGGGGUGCUGGUGUAUCUGGGGAUGGCGGCGGGCACGGCCUACAUGGUCAGGUACUCGAACAAGUUCUUUAUUCUGCUGGAGUUGUCGGAUAUGUGGAUUACGCUCGCGUGGUUUGGCGGCGCUUUCGUGCUGCAUGGGAUGGAGGUUUUACGGAGACGGGUGGAGGUUGAUGAUAGGGCUGAAGUGAAGAAGGGGACGUCACAUGUAUCAAAGACUAGAUGA